CAAAGUAUGUUAGUUUAGAAUUCCAUGCCUUUGGGGAUGCUUCAGAGCUAGGUUAUGGAAGUUGUAUCUAUUCUCGCCUCGUGUCUCCAGAUGGCCAAAUUUCUACUUAUCUCCUCUAUGCUAAGAGUAAAGUAUCUCCAUUGAAGAGAUUGAGUCUUCCUAAAUUGGAAUUAAGUGCUGCAUUAAUGGCUUCCAAAUUGCUUAAAUAUGCCUUAAAUGUCUACAACAUUCCCGACGUACAAAAUAUUUAUGCUUGGUCUGACUCGACUAUAGUCCUAGGUUGGAUAAGGUCACCGCCCUGUCGUUGGCGCACUUUCGUCUCAAACAGGGUGAGUCAGAUUCAAGACAAUGUAGCACCUGAACGUUGGUUUCACAUCAAAUCAGAAGACAAUCCAGCUGACCUUGCGAGUCGCCCUGUCCUUCCGUCUGAUUUAGUUGACUGUCCCUUAUGGUGGGCGGGACCAGCUUGGUUGUCGCGUCCCUCCGAAGAGUGGCCCAAACACGAACUUGGUGAAUUGGACGAACCACUACCAGAAGAAAGAGCGACCAUUCUCAAGAAAAUACUUCGCCUUAUUACUUAUUGGCGUCGUUUUCUUGGCAUUCGUUUAAAAGUGGUUUCAGUGGUUAAAAAGGGUCCUUUCACGGAGUACGAGUUAUUUCAGAGUCUUCUCCGCAUUGUGAAGCAAGUACAAGCAGAAGCCUUUUAUGAAGACAUUUCCAAUCUUUCGAACAAGAGUGUUUGUUCCAAGCCGUUAAGAAAGCUUGCUCCUUUCAUCGAUGAACAAGGACUUCUCAGGGUAGGCGGACGCCUUUCUCACUCUCAACUUGAUUACGAUCAGAAGCAUCCCGUUUUGCUUCCCAACAAACAUAGGUUGACUGAUCUCAUAAUAGAGGAUUUUCAUAAAAGAUACCUUCACUGUGGACAGCAGGCCUUGCGCUAUUUUAUAUCUCAACGGUUUUGGAUUUUGGGUGCUAAAGGAGCUAUAAAACGUAUUGUCCAUAAGUGUUUCCGCUGCUUUCGAACACAUCCUCAGGUAAUAGAACCAAAAAUGGGCGAUUUGCCUAGUUUCCGCAUUACCCAAGCCAAGCCCUUUCAAUGUACUUCUUUGGAUUUCGGUGGCCCUUUUCAGAUACUGAUGUCAAGACAUAGAGGUUGCCGUACUCAAAAGGCUUAUCUAUCUCUCUUUGUGUGUUGUUCUACAAAGUGCCUGCAUUUGGAACUGGUAUCAGACCUAUCCACUUCUGCCUUUCUUGCGUCAUUGCGUCGCUUCAGCAGUCGACGUGGUAGAUGCUCCAAACUGCACAGUGAUAACGGUACCAACUACGUUGGUGCAGCUCGAUACUUAGCAGAUUGCAUGGCUAAAGCAGCCGCUGAGGAAUUAAUCGAGUGGCAAUUUUUCCCUCCUUCAGCGCCUCACUUUGGUGGGUUACACGAAGCUGGCAUUAAAAGCGUCAAAACCCACAUUACUAAAAUCAUAGGGGAACAAUUACUUACCUAUGAAGAAUUUUACACAGUUCUCACUCAGGUUGAGGCCGUACUCAACUCUAGACCACUUUGCGCUAUGAGUAGUGAUCCCAACGAUCUAUCCAGUUUAACACCAGGUCAUUUUCUCUCCUUAGCUCCUUUAUCAACUAUUCCCGAUCACGACCUCACUUGUGUUCCUAUGAAUAGACUUGAUAGGUGGCAGUUACUGACCAAAAUGCAUCAAUCAUUUUGGAAAAGAUGGCAUAUGGAAUAUCUUCAUUCUUUACAACAGAGAGCUAAAUGGGAUAAAGAUACCACUCUUAUCACGCCGGGUACUCUAGUUGUACUGAAGGAGGAUAAUUUACCUCCCCUCCAGUGGAGACUGGGACGGAUUGAUUCCAUUCACCCUGGUGCUGACGGUGUUCCACGAGUAGUCACUGUCAGAACCCAAAACGGUUUAAUCAAACGACCGGUUAUUAAGGUAUGUCCUCUGCCGGCCAAUUAAUCACAAUUGAUAAACUUUAAUAUUAGCAUAUUUUGUUUAUUUUCUUUUUUUUUGUUGUUUUUUGAAAUACCGUUGUAUUUGGUGGGCGGUAUGUUCAGUUUUGGUUAUUUAUUUUGUAUAUUGACACUAAAUAUUAAUUCAUUACCUGGGUUUUCUAUAUAUUGAUUUCUUUAUGAUUCGGGGUUAAUCGAAUACAUUUAUCAAUUUUUAUUUUAAUUUAAUUUUUUAUAUACUUUAUGGUAAAAAACGCGUGUCAUUUCACCGCGAUAAUAUGAGCCCUCGGGUUUUGUUUGGCCGAAUUACCGCGCAUAGUUUUCGCGUGUUUGCGAUUGGUAACCCCCACUACAUUGCUGCAAUGGACAUGGUGUGGAGAAAGAAAAUCCGAGAGGCCUCGGGGGUCUUACACUAGAGUGCACAUAAGGGUUAACAAAUGAUGGUCGAUUUUGGCUCAGGUGAGAGUUCGAGUAGGUUCGUUUGUCCAAAUGAUCGACAGCUCGCCCUUCGAGCGAAAUUGAAAACGGGAUGGAGUGUAAAAACGGGCAGUUUUGGACAUUCCUCCACCGGUCCACCUCUUGGGGAAGACGAACAGGACGCCAUCGUUCAAGUGAUACGAAGGGCGGAAAAGCUGGACAUUACAGAACAAGAAAGGGUCGGUCGUUUGGUGGAACGUUUAGAGACUCUUCGAAGGAACGCCUUAGGUAGGAGCCCAAAUCAGUGUUUGUUGUGUGGCGACAGCUUCCGCAUAUUGGGACCCCAAAAAGUUCGGUGCAUGGAUUGCAGGAAAUGGGCCUGUCAGAAAUGUGUCAUAGAUGCUUCCAGUGGUAGGCAUAUAAGCCCGUCCAAAAACCAUUAUCUGUGCAUCAUUUGCGCGGAAACCAAAGAGAUCUGGAAAAAAUCCGGAGCAUGGUUUUUCAAGAGUCUUCCCAAAUACAUCCUUCCCAACGAAGGCAGGUUCAAGAGGAACAAGAGUACGCGCAUGUCCAGGAAGCACAAAGACGAUGACAGCAGUUCGGACGACGAGAGGAACAUCGAUUGGACCAGGCAGAGAAGAAAUUCCGGGACAGAAAGUACCCACGAUAUUCUCGAUCAUGAGAGUGGCAGUUUUGUAAUGUCUAACAAUUUCAGUAGACAGACGAGUUCGAGCGACUCCCACAUCUCAAAGGAGCUCGAACCAUUGAGAAGCUACGUAGGAUCCACUACUCUGACCGAUUCCAAAACGGGGGAGGACUCAGGGAAUGACGUUAAAGGUGAAGCAGAUAGUCUCGGGGCGUCUAGGCGAGAGUCGAUGGUCUCGAGAUCGAUGUCCGAAUGGAAUUGGAGCGACUCCAGGAGUACAGAAGAGAAGAUGUCUCCCAGUACCAGUAGUAUGAAAAGUUCUACCGACGCCGCUGACCACAAGCCUCCCGUAGACACAUCUAUGGGCAUCAUAGAACUCUCGCUGAACUACGACCAAAUGUCCAGCACCCUACACUGUACCGUCUACAGGGCGAAGAACCUGAUGCCCAUGGAUAUUGCCGGCUUGUCCGAUCCAUUUUGCAAACUGAAUAUAUUGCCCAACGCGAAAGUGUCCACGAGACUGAGAACCAAGACGGUGCACAAGACCAGAAACCCAGAGUUCAACGAAAAUCUGACCUUCUAUGAUAUUACUGAAAAUGAUUUGGCCACCAAAUCCCUUCACGUGUUAGUUGUUGACGAUGAUAGAUACGGACACGACUAUAUGGGGGAAGUCAGGAUCAAGUUGGCGAAAUUAAAGGUUCAAAAUACGAUAUAUCUGACAGUCCCGUUGGAGAACUUAAGGCCAGAGCAAAAGGGUCCUCUGCCGGCACCCGAAUUGAAUCAGUGGUUCGAUUUCGACUUGUGGUCCAGGGGACAAAUUUUGCUGUCGCUGUGCUACUCGACAAAAAAGAGAGCCCUCCUGGUCACAGUUCUACGUUGCGCUAACCUCCUGCCUAUGGACAAUAACGGGUUCUCCGAUCCCUUUGUGAAAUUGCAGCUGAAACCGGAUCCCUACAACAGAAAACACAAAACCUCAAUCAAAUGGAAGAACCUCAACCCGGUGUUCAACGAAGAGUUCGUCUUCGAAACCAGACCUACAGAACUCUACAUGCAGAGUCUGUACAUAACCGUAUUUGAUAAAGAUUACGGCAAAAGCAACGAUUAUUUAGGCGGACUGAUUUUGGGCGGCUCCGGAUCGAAAGGACAGAGGCUGAAACAUUGGCUUGACAUGAUCCGCUACCCUGACCACAGACACGAGCAGUGGCAUAGUCUGACUGAAGACAGGCUUGAUUAACCUCUUAUUUGCAGGAACAUAUGUUUAUUAGCGCUCUUAUAGCCUUUUUGUGUAUUUAUUUGACGGUGUUGAAGACGAGAGUCCGCGUUGAUAUCGUUUGGUUUUGGGUAUUGGUACGGAAUAUUGAAAAAUUAUAUAUGGCUUAGGAAAACGAAGACAAUAUCUAGAAAGUGCAGUUUUCUUAUUUUUGUCGCAAUAGUCUUUAUUGCUGUUACAUGUGCUUCGACCAAAAAACAACUCAUUGAUAAAUAAAAUUGUUAGCGAGUUAAUCGUAAUCUCCAUUGCUCGUAUUUUUUAGUCAUAAAAAUUAGAUUUUUUUCUAAAUAAAAGUAAACUGACUAAAGUACCACGAUUUUCGAGUUCAUUUUAGUCAUAAACAAGAUCGCCAAAUCUUACUGGGGGACAACAUGAAUAUAAUGCGGGUUUCUUGGAAAAUUCUAAUCACAAAGACCAUCUAUUACUUUAAACUUUCUUGACAUUGAACCAAAUGCAAAUAAUGAAUUUUUAAAAGUUUUUGCAAUUUGCAAAAGACUUCAAGAAAAGCAAAGAAAUUUUUCUCACACUUUCAGCACAUAAAAAUCAGAAAAGUUAAUUAGGACCACGGUGAAUGUGAUUAUUUCAUUUUUCUUCGGAAUGUUUUUGGAUUUUUUACUGCUAUCACUUCAACAUGUUCCCGAUCAUCAGCUGUAUCACUUACUGAAGAUGAUGCCUCAUUUGCAUCAGUCGAUAUUCAAAAAGUCGAAAUUUAGAAAAAAAAACUAAGUGAAUUGUAACUUUUUUAAUAACUAAUCUCAAACGAAAAUAUGCACGUGAACCUAUGCCCUAAGCAUCUUAAUUUUUGACAUACAGAUUGGUAAAGUUUUUAAAAAUGGAAUAUAUUUUUUAAUAUCUGUAUUACCAGUUUAGAUAUUUUAAUGAAAUUUAGCACACAUGUACUAUUCAUCAAGUGCUUUUAUUUAGUAUAGCACAAUUUUUUGAAAAUAUACCUAAAAAAAAUACAAAUAAAAAUUAUUCUUACAAUCUUCAAUCAUUUUUAAAGAAAUUUUAUUUCAUGAUUUUUUUCAAUAGCUUGGUGGUCAAUAGUUAACAUGACGGCAUGCAAAGAAUUAUUAUCAUUAUUAUUUCUUACUUAAAUGAUUGUCUAUUUGUUUAAUUAAAAUAUUUCGAAACAUCGAAAGGCAAAUACGAAGUACGUAAACUUAAAUAAAUAAAAGUCUUCUGAUAUUUUUUUUUUAAAGACACUAUUU